GAAUCUUCGCGCCAACGUCGAGUCCGUCGUUGCCCGGGCCGCGGCUGGUCAGCGAGAUGGUGAUGGACUCUGAGUCCGACCCGGCGACGAGCCGCACACUCUCGGUCAUGGCCUGGGGUCAGUUCGUCGACCACGACCUCGUGCACACGCCCAUCUUCCAGCUCGGUGGCAACAGGGGCAUAGAAUGCUGCCUGCCGAACUCUACAUCGCCGCCGCCGUCGCCGCCGGUGCACCCGCAGUGUCUGCCGAUAGCCAUCAGGGAGGCGGACGUCUUCUACGGGCCGCACCGACAGCGCUGCAUGAACUUCGUGCGCAGCGUGCCGGCGCCGGCGCCAGGCUGCCAGCUGGGUCCCGCCAACCAGCUCAACGACAUCACUCACUGGCUCGACGGGUCGCAGAUCUAUGGAAGCGACCAGGCCAAGCAGAACAGCCUGCGGACGUUCACAGGCGGCCUGAUGAAGACCAGCGCGGGUAACCUGCUGCCUCGCGAGACGCUGACGCUUGAAGCGGAGGGCACCUACGGCACCUCCUGUCGGGACCGCGUAUGCUUCAUCGCAGGCGAUUCCAGAGUCAACGAGAAUCCGAUCCUGGCCAUGUACCACACCAUAUUCGUGCGUGAGCACAACAGGGUUGCAAACACACUCGCUCAGAAGUAUCUGCAUGCUUCGGACGAGGAGAUUUUCCAGCGCACCAGACGCAUUGUCAUCGCCCAGUACCAGCACAUCUCUUACAACGAGUGGCUGCCAGCUCUUCUCGGAUACUCGUUCGCGCACUCUGUCGGCAUUCGGACCACUCUUGACGGCCACUCCAGCGCCUACCUGCCACUCCUCAACCCUAGCAUCGCCAACGUCUUCGCCAGCGCGGGCUUCCGACUGCACUCCCUCAUACAGAACAUGGUCCAGUUCGUCUCGGCUUCCGGCGCGGUGGCCUCCUCUCAGCUGCUGCGUGAGACGUUCUUCGAGCCGAGCUCCCUGCUCUCCAGCCAACACUUCAUCCGGCUGGCGCGCGGCGUCUCAGUGCAGAACCCGCAGGGUUUCGACAAGCACUUCACCAGCGAAAUCCGCGGCCAGCUGUUCUCCACCGACUGCUUUGGCCUGGAUCUGGUGUCGCUGAAUAUCCAACGAGGGCGAGACCACGGCAUCGCCAAGUACACCCCUGUCCUGCAUUGGUGCACCGCCAUUGCGGUCGGCGGCUGGUUCGACUUGCUGUCCGUCAUGUCUGCCGAGAACAUGGCUCGCCUGAAGCGGGUGUACGUUCACUGGGACGAUGUUGACCUCUACGCUGGGCUCAGCAUGGAAUGGCCGGCGGCAGGCGCCAUGAUCGGUCCGACAGCGCGCUGUCUGCUGACGGAGCAGUUCUUGAGGUCGCGAUACGGCGACCGCUUCUUCUACGACCUUGCUGGCCAGCCGGGCAGUUUCACAGCCGGUCAACUGCAGCAGCUGCAGCACUCCAACUGGGCUCGCAUCCUCUGUGACAACGUGGGCGGCGACUUCACGAGUGUGCAGCGACUGGCGUUCUUCCGGAAACACCCAAACGUCAACCCUGUCGAGUACUGCGACAACAUGCCCAGCGUCAACCUCGCGCUCUUCUAGAGGGCAGAUGGAUCGAAGCUAACCUGACCAUCUGAGCUUGCUGUACGCCUGGAGGGAAGUUUGUCUUCUGCUAAACUGACGGCUACAGGAGGGCAGCCUGACAUGCCCUGCGAUGUGAUAUGCUAUGAUAUUUGUGCUAUGGCAAAGACGGAUGAUUUUCAGACCAUUAGCAUCAAAAUGGAACGCUGGAAACAAAUGCCCUGCUUUGAGACGUCAUAAUGUUUAUAUUACUAUUCGGCGCAGUAGUCGGGAUAUCACCGGGCAUUGUGACUUACGCAGAGGUGUGUAAUACA